AUGGCAUUUGUUCCAAGUUUUCAUGUUACACGGCUCACUAUUCUUAGUGUUUCUACAAUGGGCACAGAUGGCAAAAUGGUCAACAAUACUGGCCUAAAACUGGUAGAAUCCGAUAAAUAUAUGAAGUUAGAUUACGACAAGCAAGAAAUACCAUCCAAUCAGUACUGUCCAGUAUGUAUCAACACCGACUUUUGCAAAGGAGCUAAUCGUUGUGAUCCGAACCCCUUUACAACAACAGCAAUUACGAAGCGGAAUGCCGAUUCAGAAUGGUCCUCAUCGUUAUUUCAUUUUCUGAGCACUUCAUUUCCCAGCAAAGAAAUUAUCCAAAUUUCAUAG